CCACAAAGAGGGAGACAGACAUUAAUAGAAGUAAAUGGCAGAUAUAUACAUAAGAUCCUCGCUGGAAUCUUGCCGGGGCCCCUGGCAGACGAGGGUACAGCGUGCCUGGGGCAGCCCCCAAGGAUCCGAUAGCUGUCCAAGGUGGGCAGGGAAGGGCUUCGGUGUGCCCAGGCGGGGAGUAGGGUAGUGCCGUCGAGAGAUGUGCCCAUUCUGGAGAGCGGUGCGUUGGCCCUGGGCUCCCUUCCAAUGUUCUCUCGGCCUGGCAGCUUUCCUGGUCCGCCCGGCCCCCGUCCUCCACUGCGGGGGGUCUAAGCCAGGCUGGUGAGCCUGGCCCCAUGGCCGUGGUUGGGCUCAGCCACGCUACCGAGGACGACGCUUCCCUCGGGCACUGCCCGAGGCAAGCUAACCCAUCUGCGUCCCGUUGUGCCGUCAGGCAGUGGAGACUGGUGGGCAUCACGCCAGCAUGGGCAUCCUCACCGGGAGCCUUCCACGAAGCUUUGUCUCCCAGGCGGGCCAGGCCUCGACCAUCCCCAGAGCCUUCUGUGUCCCCCAAAUCAUCCUCACUCUGUGUGACCCCGUCCCCCCGACGCCUCCAGAAGAGGUGGGCGUGAGAAGAUGCGACCCCCUGCCCCCGCGGGCACAGCCCGACACGGAGGAUGAAGGGCAUAAGGCGGGGGCCCCACCCCAUCUGGGGGGCAGCAAGUCGCUCGGCCUACUCUUGCCAGCUGCGGCUCUGCUGGCCCCGCCGUGCCAUCUGGCGGCCCCUCACACCCCCGAAUCUGGAAACAGCGAGCUGCCAGAGAAGGAGAUGGCGGGAUUUGGGGCUACUGGCACUGAGAUCUGGGCACUGAUGGCGCAUGACGUCCGGGCGCUCGGAGAAGAGGAAAGGGCCGAUCCUAGUGCCUGGAAGCCCGGAGAUGGGGAAGAUGGGGACUGGUCCUCCAGUGUCCAGAACCCGGGCAUCUCCCCGGGUACCGACCCCACCAUGGGGGCCCUGGAAGAGGCCGGGGGUGCCCGGACAGGAGUCGAAGAGAAGCCUGGACCCCUUCCAGACCAAGGUCCCCGCCCCCGGGCCCCCCGGGUCACCCUGCUGCCUGGCUCAGACACGGGCAGGGGCGAAGCGGGGACGUGGCCUGGAAGUGGUCCCCCUGUGCCGGUCCCGGGCAGACAGCCGCGUUGCCAGCGCCUGGACAGUCUAGAGGAGAUGUUCUGGGAGCUGGAGGCCACGCUGAGCAAAAUGGAGGCCGCUGCCCUCCACCCCGUCCGCCCGUGGCUGCCCACACCGACCCCGAAGAUGGCACCGCCGCAUACCGAGGGGCCCGCAUCCCACCGGCCCUGCCUGCAGGUGGCUGCCCACGUGUCUCUUCUCCCUUCACUGUGCUCUUUUUGGCCUUCUCUUCUGGAAAUCCUCUCCUUCCGAGCCGGCUGGGGGUUCCCUGCUGUCGGGGGGCAGGUGUCCGGGAAGCCAGAUUCUUCCCCCCAGCUCUUCCCCUCACGAGGUCUCACAAGCCCCCCUCCAGGAGCAUCGGGCGCCGGGACCUCUGACCCCCUUUCCGGCCUCAGGCCAGCCCGCCCCUCUCCACCUCUCUUCUGUACCCACCUUGCCCACUCGGAAAAUAAAACUGUUGCUUUCUCUCCAGCCACCGCCCCCCCACAUCGCCCAACCCUCCCGGCUCUGUCCUUUCUUCUCCUCGUCUCUGUCUCUGGCUUCGUUGUCUCCUGCUUUUUGUCUCUGCAGUUCUCCUCUCUCAGCCAUGCCCUUUGGCUUGGGAGGUUUUUCUCCUCGGGGCACAAGAGAUAGACCUCGGGGUGCCUACUGGGGCACCUACAGGGUGCCAUUGAAGUAGGAUGGCGGGAAGGGGAGGAGAUCAGUGAGAGAGACAGUGAGCUGGGUUGUGGCAGCCUUGCCCACAGUGGCCAACUCUGUGGCCUAUUCCAACCUCCCUCCCACAUCCUCCAUCUGGGAGCAGAUGCCCUUCAGAGGGCUCCUCUCCCUCUCUACCCACCAUGGGAAGACGUCCUUUUGCGGACUCUGCCCGGUCCAGCCCUUCGGGGUGACCCAGGGUGGUCCCUCCCUCCCUGCCUCGUGAGCACUGACCCACCAAGAGGGAGAUGGGAGCCCUUGCCUUGACUUCCCUCAGCGGAUGGGGUUGUCGGGAGGGCCCAGGACCACCCCGGCCCGACCGCAGAGCCCCUGCUGCCACCCUGCUCCCCUCUCCCCCCCCCCACACCAGGCACUC